UUGAAGAACCUAAUCACUUAUUGCUUUGGUUUUUGAAAAUUGUUUACCCCAAAAAUAAAUGGUGUGCGUAAUUUAACACACUACAAGAACGAUGGGGAAAAAGUGUUCACUAAAGAAUUGUAAGAAUUAUCAAAAGGAACCCUCAUAUGGUUGUGAUAUAUCAUUUCAUGGGAUACCUAGAAAUGAAGAAACUAGGAAAAAAUGGCUAGAAGCCAUACCCAAACACCUGAUAAGGGAGAACGCAAGCAGUAUCUACAUAUGCGGUGUGCAUUUUACACCAGAAAGUUUCCAACCGGCUUCUCUAGGUCUAACGAAAAAUAUGCUGCGAAGAACAGCCGUCCCAUCGAUCUUCGAUGAUGUAAUAGAAACUACAAAAACUAGCACGAAAAAGGCUUCCGCCGAUAAAAACGUAUUGGGUAUGGUGCAAGCGAGCGCCGAGGCCACUAAAGUGAACUUCGUAAACGCGAGCGAUAUGUGUGUUUACGUGAUCACCAAAACGGAGAGUCCCGUUGUUCAACCAGAAGGAGAGACCACCCAACUAGCUACUCCGGAAGGUCACGGUUUGAAGAAGACCUGCGACGUCGGCAUUCAGGUGUCGCUGCCUACCAACAGGGAAAGGGAGCUUCAAAGGAAGCUGUACACCUUACAAAAGCGUCUAGAAAGGAGGGAAGCCAGGAUAUCUUCGAUAAUGACGGACUUCAAGACGCUGAUGGAUCAGAGUUAAUGUGGAGUUAAAAUUGCCACAAAAUUUGACUGCUUUUUCAAUUGUCGUAAAAUCUAAAUCGUUUGUCUGUAAGUAAUUAUCUAUUUGUGUAAAUUUUUUAUUUAUAUUGUUUUAUAAAGUAUUUAUACCACACUGGGAAGAAGAAGUUUUAAAUAAACAACCCCUUGUGUUAAAGGGAGCAGUAAUGGCGUUAAUUUUAUAAAUUUAUUUUUUCCAACCAGAAGUAUCUCUCAUUCAACAAUUAUCUUAUUUUACUUAAUUUACCAUCUGGAGGAUCAAACCCUCAAUAAUUUUGCUGCGUCUGCAGUAUCCUUUAGGUGGCGUGACUACAUCAUUUUAAUAAACAACAAUAUUGCCAAGUGCAUAGAAAAUCAUUGUUUACUUGUUUUGUUAAUGAAAUUAUUAACUGAUCUUUUUUAUAUUGCCUUGUAGAAAUAUUGUAUAUCUAAAUUGUAAUGAACA